UACUUCCGUGUGCGUGUCACUGCGCUGGUUUCCAAACAACAGGUGCCCCCCUUACACACCCUCCGCAUGAAACACGCUGUUGACCCUUACCCCCUCCCACACAAACCAGCUGACCGAACAGUUGAACACUACAAGGCGCGGCCGACAGUUUCCCUGUAUUUCGUCUAUUCUGUUCCGCUCGCGUGUGAACUAACGGUCUCUGCACAUAAUGGCCUCCGUCAACCCAUACCCAGACUUCGAUGCUGAGGAAGAUGCCAAGAUUCUGCGUAAGGCGAUGAAGGGCUUCGGAACGGACGAGGACGCCAUUAUAGAGAUCCUGUGUCACCGUUCCAACGACCAGAGACAGGAGAUUGAGACCAUGUUCAAACAAGCUUAUGGCAAGGACCUGAUAGACGAGCUGAAGAGCGAGCUCGGCGGGAACUUCGAAAAAGCGAUCCUAGCGAUGAUGCAGAAACCUGCAGUGUAUGACGCCAACUGCCUCCGCAAUGCCAUGAAGGGGGCGGGGACGGACGAGUCCACUCUCAUCGAGAUUAUGUGCACCAGGAAAAAUGACGAGUUGACUGCGAUAAAGGAGGCGUACAACGCAGAGUUUGACCGUGACCUAGAGGAGGACUUGAAGAGCGAGACAAGCGGACACUUUGAGCGGCUGCUGGUGUCCAUGUGUCAGGCUAACCGUGAUGAGACCUAUGAGGUUGAUGAUGGAGAAGCCGAAAGUGACGCACAGGAGCUCUUUGAUGCCGGGGAGGGACAGUGGGGCACGGACGAGUCCACCUUUAACAUGAUCCUGGCUAUGAGGAACUUCAACCAGCUCAGGGCCAUAUUCAGGGAGUACGAGAAGAUCGCCGGUAAAGACAUCCUGGACGCCAUUAAGAGCGAGUGUACCGGGAGUCUGGAGGACGGAUACCUCACUAUUGCCAAGUGUGCUAUGGACACGCCCGGGCUGUUUGCAGAGCGCCUGUACAAGUCCAUGAAAGGCUUGGGGACAGACGAUAAAACACUCAUCCGGAUAGUAGUAACACGGAGUGAGAUUGACAUGGAGUACAUCAAGAAGAAGUACGAGGAGAUGUACGAGAAGCCCCUGGCGGACGCCAUCGCUGACGACUGCGGAGGCGACUACAAGAAGUGUCUGAUCGCCCUGGUCGGCUGAAAUGAUAUCUAAACACACAGAUCGUGGCCGCUUGCAGUUCUUGUUGCUGUUUUUUUUUAAAUUUCGAUUUGACACCAUGAUAUAAAGAUUACCACCUUUUCAAAACAAAUCAAAUGUCAUUGCUGGCUACAUUAUCAUGCCAUUGAACAAGUGCAAAAUAGCACGACUAGAUAAUUGUAUAUUGAUCAAGAAUUCCUUUAUACUUGCGCCAAUCCAUAUCGAUACCCCGUCAUGAAUUGUCUUUGGUAAUGUUGGUCUAUUAUGUUAAGAGAUAAGAGCAUUUUAUACAUGAAACCUUACUUAUCAUUACUAUGAUUCUAUUUACAUCAUGUAUUCCAGACCAGAAGCAGUGUAUGUGAACGAUCACUAAAUAACAAUGGUAUACCGGUACGCUGUGGUUGUUUGACUUCUCAGUUGUACAGUAUUCUUGAGGCUUAAAAUCAAUAAAACAAGGUAAUAAU